AAAAAAUGCAAACACUCAAAAUUCCAAAAUUACAAAACAUACACACAAAUUCCAUCUGUAAUUUUACGAUAUCUAGAAAAAGACUGCCGUCAAUUUUCAGAAAACGUUCCGAUAAACUGAAACGUGAACUCGAAGACGCUGUCCGUGAACCCAAUUCAUCAUUUACCCAUCAUCGUAACUCAUCGGGCUCCUCAAUACACGGCGGUGCGGGUGGAGACGCAUACGACGAUAGUGAUCGUGACACGCUUAGUGGUGAUCAUAACAUUGAGACCGGCUGUGAUGCUGAGAUGUAUGGUUCACCGCAAGAUCCCUUCCAUACUGGCGGCAUGGGUAGCUAUAUGAAGAGUGCGAAUCCUACCAAUAUCUAUAUGAAGUUUGAGGCCACGAAACUGAAUCGCAUGCGGUACGUUGGAGUCCGAUUGAACGUGUCAUUGCAACCGGUGGGGCCGAUCGUAAAGUCAAGCUGUGGGACGUGGGGAAAGGCUCAUCGGAACCACGUUCCGUUCUGGGUGGCAGCAGUGCUGGUAUUAAUUCCGUCGAUUUUGAUUCCACCGGCACCUACAUUAUAGGCACAUCAAAUGAUUACGGAGCACGAGUGUGGACAGUUGGUGAUAAUAGAUUAAGGGUAAGUGAUGAG